AGAUUUGGCUGCACGGUGACAGCCAGCCAGCCGGUGAGAGGGGAACUGGCUUCCGGUGGCCAGAGGGAGGCAGCUCACUUGCCCGGGAUUAAGUGGGAUCGGGAGAGAUUACAGCCCUCCUCUCUCUCUCUCUCUCUCUCUCUCUCUCUCUCCCUCUCUCUCUCUCUCGUUCCCUUGUAGUUCGAUGAAAGCGUAGUGCUCCGUCCAGUCUCCAGGGAAUAUUUACCCGUCGUAUUUUCGGUUUCCUGCACCCAUAACGGUGCUAAAACCUGCAGGAGCUGCAGGACAGAGGUUCGCAGCAUCCCUGAGGACUUGGUCGUACAGGUCAUUGCCAGUACUGGUAAGCUGUCAGCGGGGAAGUCGGGGUCAGAGGUCGGGAGUCCGAUGACCAUGAGGCAGGCGGUGGAGGCUCAGGUGUUAAACCCCCACUGUGAACUUGGAGAACACGGCCUGCGUCAGAUCCUGACAGAUGUGAUCGAGGAGGUGAGGCAGUCGGUAAAUCAGGACAUCGAUGGAGCGGAGAUUCUCCACAGUUUGUUGAACGCCCCCUGGCUGCAGUCGCUGCUCAAGGUUUACGAGUGUCUUCAGAGGCACCUGAGAGAUUCCCCAGCUCCGGUUCUGGACUACGCUUCAGGACUCUCACUUCAGUUGCUGAUCGACAUCAGGGCGUUACAGGGCGGCUCUGAAGAGGCCAAAGAGCUCUACCGUCUCCUGCGGCAGCCUCACCUGCAGGCUCUUCUGUCUGCUCAUGAUUCGGUGGCCCAGCGGGACUAUGAGCCAAUGCUGCCACCGAUGCCCGAGGACCUGCCGGACGACGAGGAGGCCACCAGGAUCGUCUGCCUGGUCAAAAACAAACAACCCUUGGGAGCGACUAUAAAGAGGAACGAGGUCACGGGGGAGAUUUUCAUCGCCCGGGUGAUUCACGGAGGACUGGCUGAUCGAAGUGGUCUGCUCCAUGCAGGGGACCGGAUCAUAGAGGUGAACGGUUUCCCCGUGGCCGGGAUGGAGCCUGAGCAAGUCAUCCAAGUCGUGCAAGUGAGGUCGCAGGGCACCAUCAUGUUCAAGGUGGUUCCCAUCACAGAAAGGCCGGUCCACAACCAGACAAUGCUCUACGUGCGGUCCAUGGCCGACUACAGCCCCCAACAGGACCCGUCCAUCCCCUGCGCCGACGCCGGUAUGAGCUUCCGAAAGGGCGACGUGCUGGAGAUCGUGGACCAGACCGACGCCCUCUGGUGGCAGGCCAAGAAACUUCCCAGCAACACGGACUGCGCCGGCCUCAUCCCCUCCACCAACCUGCUCAGACGGAAGCAGAGGGAUUUCUGGUGGGCUCAGCCUUAUCAGCCACAUGCCUGCGUUCAGACCUUGAGCACUGUAGACGAAGGUAAGCGGAGAUUACACUUCAGGUUUGGGGCCAAAAAACGACAUGUAUUUCUAUGUUCUCCCUCAGAUAUAACUUUUUACUUUCCACCCACAGAGGAAGACAUGAUGGCCAUUGAUGAGAAAUGUCUCGAAGCAGAUGAGGAGGCAUUUGAAUCUGAGGAGCUCAGAGAAGAGGAGGAUGACUUCACCAGCAACAUUGAGGGGAUUUACUUAACGGGCUUCAGGCGCAGCAUGCGUCUGUGCAGGCGGCACUUUCACAGCACCACGCAGCCGUCCUGCCACACUCGCUGUCCCAGCAGCUGCCACAGCACCCUCAACAGCCCGUACGAGGAGGUGGUUCGCUACCAGCGGCAACCACAGGACCCACACCGCCUUAUCGCCCUCUUAGGUCCGUCUAGUGUGGGUGUGAAUGAACUUCGGAGGCGCUUGAUUGAAAUGAACCCCAACGUCUUCCAGGGAGCUUUAGCUUACACCACGAGAGCACGCAAAGCCUACGAGGAGUCGGGAAGAGAAUAUUUCUUCACCAGCAGAGAAGUCUUCGACAACAUGGUUUAUAACAACAGGUUUCUGGAGUACGGCGAGUACAAAGGGAAUCUGUACGGCACCAGCAUCGAGUCUGUGAGGGAGGUUUUAAACCGGGGAAAGAUCUGCGUCAUCGACAUCGAGCCCAACGCCAUUCAGGCAGUGAGGACCCACGAACUGAAGGCCUACAUCAUCUAUGUGAAGCCUCCGCCUCUGGAGCACCUCAGGGAGACCAGACAGGAUUCGUGCAUCACCACCAACUACUUUGUCAACAGACCCUUCAAAAGCGAAGACUUCCAGGAGAUGGAGGAGGCCGCCCGCAAGAUGGAGUCGCACUUCUGUCAGUUUUUCGACCACGUGAUCGUCAACGAUGAGCUGCAGGACUCCUGCGUCCAGCUGCUGACCGCGGUGAGGAAGGCUCAGGACGAGCCGCAGUGGGUCCCUGCCAGCUGGAUACGGCCCACCACCGAGUCCUGAGGGAGGAUGGAGGAGAAGACGAGGGGCGAAGAGAGAUGUGGACCCGAAACCGGUUGGAAUAUCAUCUGGAAAAGCUUAACUUUGAAAUCAAUUUGUUUUUGUGUCCAACGCUGCAUUUUCAAGGGGAGUAGGGCAUGAAAAGAAAAAAAUCGGAAUAUUUUGAUCCGGGUGUUUCUGACGUGCUUGAUCUGGUUCUUAAGUCGUCGUCAAAUCCCCAAAGACGAGAUGAAGCUGGACUCGUGCCCAAAGAAAUCCCUGAAACUCUGUCAGUUUAAUCAGCUUUUUGUUUGUCUUUUAAAAGUAGGAAGACAACUGUAUUUAGACACGUAUAAUAACACUACGGUCUUGGAGUUAUUACAGUGAGAGAGUGCUUAGAAAAAGGUAGAUUUGUACUUUGCACGUAGCUUUUCAAUUCCUUGCCCUGCUCCCCUCUGUUGUAACACAGAUCUGCAAAAAAGGUUUGUCCAACUGAUGUUUACAAGUAGAAAUCAAAAUGUAGUUGUUGUUUUUUUAUCUCGUAGGAUGGAUACUUUACAAUAAUCUGAAAGAAUGAUCCAGGUGAGCGGACUCCCUGUGUAGAUUCUGUGUGGUGGAGCCACAGAAUAGGAUGAAGUUCUCCACAUGUCACGUCUAAUCAUUUCUUUAUGUUUUUCUAUAGCUUAGCGUUUGUCAUUGCAUGCCAAAAAUUUACCCACGGUUUACAAAAAAGCAAAAUUAACCAAAUGCUGUGUUUGGCAAACUUGCAAAAAUAGCACUUAGUGACCUUAAACCAUGUUUUUCAUAGUAAAAUACUACCAAAGUGCAUGCAAAGCGAUGACAUUUUAAAACUUGUACCUGUUUGUGACGUUAAUAAAGCAACUCUGAUAGUAAUUUA